ACAGCAAACAAUUAGCUUACGAAACGAGACUGUUGGGCAAGUUCGCGAGCUCUUUGUCACAGCUGUGCGUGGUCAUUGACGUACGUGUACGCGGAGUCUUUUUUCCCAUCAUUGUUAAUAAACAGUCACGAGUGGCGCAAUGUUUAACAUUUUAACCUUGUUCGCCUAUAUUAGUGAUACACAUUUAGCACCAUCACUAGGCCUGUACAAGGAGUUCUCUACAGGUUUAUUAUGGAAGUCAAUUAAAUACAUCUAGGGUUCCUUAUCUUCAUACUUCUAUUUAUUAUAUCUUAUAUGUAAUUAUUUUUGCAAACCUACUACCCUCAAUAUAUUUUUAUAUUUUAUUUUGGCUAAAUCUCGUCGACAAGAUCUUUACAGUGUUAGGUUUUGUCACUUCCUUGGGAAAGGAGGCUACAGACAGGGCUAGAAAAUUUACGAGGGGGUUUUAUAUUUUAAUUGAUAUUGGACAAACAAUAUACCACACUACAUCGUACAUUUGUAAUUCCUAAGCAACUAAUAAAACAUUUUUGCAGAAAGUAUUUUUGAUGUAGAUAUACUAACCUAACUAAUCGUUCACAAUGUUUUAAAGUAUUUUUAAAGUAGCUAACUUAACCGAAUUGACCAUUCUCAGUAUUUACAUUAAUAAUUCUCAUAAACACAAACACACCGUCACACAAGGGUAAACAAAAAAAAUGGCCACGCCCGUGUCAGUGCACAGGUAUUGUAGUGUAACGUAUGAACGGUGAUUUCUCAGAAACCUGUUGGAAUUUAGAAACGCUGGAGAAAUGUCUUAGAAAAAUAUGUUUUCCUUAUUAUAUUAUUUUAUUCACGGAAAAGCCACGACGCGAGUUUUUUUUAAUGUAAACUCAUUGGGCUUAGCCUCAGAAAAAAUAUUGAUUGGAAAUUGAUUGAAAUUGCUGUUAAAAAAAUGUUCCAGUGUUUUUAUUAAUUUGACAUGAACUUGCUAACACUUGAAUUAACUUGCUAACCCACACAACUUUAAGCAGACUUUUUCCCACUACCAAGUUUCCUACAAUAUAGUGGCACCAGAAUCAAAUGCUCAGAAUUUUCAACAUACUAAAUUAAAACAGCAAGCUUUGUGUACCACAGGAUCAAUGUAGGCCCAUAUAGGCUCGUGCCACCCACUUCACGGGUCAACAUACUUAUUAAAAUUUUAACUUAACAAAUCUGCAAUAACAACACAAAAUAUUUUACAAAUUUUAAUUAAUGGAAAUGCAAGUAACCAAACGUAACAUUUAUUUGUAGUUAAAGUCACACACAUAUCCGUAAAACCACGUUUGUAAUUAUUUUAAUAGGUAAUUAAUAAAUCACUCUUAACACAACUACCAAAACAAAAACACACUAGUUAACAUGGUGGUAAUGAAGAACUUCUGUGAAUACACCACUUUACCUGACACCUUGUUACAUAUUAUUAAAAAUAUUACAAUCGUAUACCCUUUGUCGCAACACAACCACCAAAUGGUUAGAAGAACUGAAUAUAACCUAUUUGAAAUCCUUUUUUUAUGCAGAAGAUGCUAAUCUAGAUAAUUACCAUUAAUUGUGUUUAUAAAAAUUAAAUAAAAACAGUAUAAAUAUUGUUUAUUUAUUAACAAUCAUGUACUUAAGCCUUUUAUGAAAUCUUCGUAGACCUGUCAAACAGAAGUGGUGUCGCCCGGUCUCUGUGCUGCUUCGGCGUUUGCAGAGGAUGUCGUCCGCUGCGACAAAACCAUCCCAGCCAAUCACAGUCGUCGUGGAAGGCAACAUCGGGAGCGGGAAAACUACAUUCCUAAAUCACUUCUCAAAGUUGAAUGAUUUGUGUGCCAUAUUUCCAGAGCCGGUUGAGUUAUGGCGGGAUGUAAAAGGCCAUAAUUUACUGGGCCUCAUGUACAGUGAUACGAAGCGGUGGAGCUUGACGUUUCAGACGUACGUUCAGCUCUCCAUGACCGACCUGCACACUCGCAACACUUCGGCUCCUUUCAAACUGAUGGAGAGGUCGUUGUUCAGCGCAAGAUAUUGCUUUGUGGAGAACCUCGCCAAAUCGGGACUGAUGCCGGAAGUAGAAUACAUCGUCCUGGACGAGUGGUUCAAGUGGAUCACGGCGAACAUGAACAUUCGAUGUGAUCUCAUAGGUUCUGGAGCAAGAAGACUCCCACCAACUCCCCUCACUGGAGAAUCCCAUGAACUCCGACGCCACAUCCCUUCCUCCCCGCCAACAUGUCCUCGCGACCUCCACACGGAGGCUGUCUGCAGUGGGGCUCGGCUGGAGUGUACCUCCGCACUCGGCCGGACGUGGUCCACCGGAGGAUCAGGGAGCGCGCCCGGGCGGAGGAGAGCGGCAUCUCGCUCAACUACCUGGAGGAUCUGCACUGCUUGCACGAGGACUGGCUGCACAGCAGGACCAGGUUCACCUGUCCCGCCCCGGUAGUCACGAUAGACGCUGACAGGAGUCCGUCUCAAAUGGAAGAAGAGUACAAAAAAUGUGAACUGCAGAUUCUACACCUCAGAGAAGUUCAAACUGGUGCACUGUGAUAAAUUCACUCAACUUGCAAUCUCACAUUCCUCAUUGUUUUUACCAAAAGAGUAAGCAAACAAUUCUCAACACGUGUAUUGAAUGUCUGUAGUUGAAGUUUUUUUUAAUAUUUAUUCUUUUACGUGUAUCUUUGAAGGAGAAUUUAUUUAUUUAUUUCGUGAAUCUUCUCACCAAAAAUUCCUGUGAUAAUAGUCAAGUUUUUCACAUUAAUAUUUUUUUUUUUGGGAGUUAUUUGUUUACAUUUAUUAUAUAUGUACUGAAAUAUUCCAUGCACAUGUUUCAUUGUAACUGUUGUAAACAAUUUUCCAUUGUGAAGUGAUAAGCUCUGUGUGACAGCGUGUGACGAGGUCUGACUACUAGUAGCUGGCUACCGAGCCAGCGCAAGGAACCACGUCAAUGUAAAUAUCAACUAAGUGUAUGUAUAAAAAAAGGAAACAAUGUAAAUUACUACUCUGCCAUUUUAUACUGUUUUAAAUAGCAGUAUGACUUAUAAUGCCAUGGAAUAGAAAAAGUAAACAUUACUGACCAUUAAAUGCAAGUUAAAUGAAAAA